GAGGUACCCUGCUGUUCCACAGAGUCCACCAGUGGAAAGCUUGGCUGGAGGAACUGCUGAGGGACAUGACAGUGGAGCACUGCCAGCACAUCUACAGACAAUAUGAAGUGCUGUUUGCCCCGCAGCCUCCUGCAGCUGCUUGUCAGUUUCUGUCCAACGUGGAGCUGACUCUGCAGCAUCAAGUGGCUGAAACAAACGAGCGCAUGCUGCACCAAGCGGAGCGGCUGAAGGCGGAGGGCACCACCGUCUCAGCAUGUGAAGAGCAGCUGCAGGAGAUUGAAAACUGUAUUACAGUCUUCUUACGAGAGAAUGGAGAGUCAGGGUCACUGAGCCUCGCUGCCAUCAUCACCUCUGCCCUCUGUACCCUCUGCAGACGUAACCUGGUGAUGGAGGGGGCAGCAGCUAGUGCUGGAGAGCAACUCAUCGACUUGACCUCCAGGGACGGGGCCUGGUUUUUGGAGGAGCUCUGCAGUAUGCUCGGAAAUGUCAGUGCUCUGGUCACCCUGUUUCAGCGAUGCCCUCUUCCUCAUGACUUGGAGCUGCCUGCACCAUCACUUACCAUCCAGGCUGUCUAUCUAGCCAAUUGUGUUUACACCUGCCUACAGGAACUGAACUCCAACUUCAGGCAGAUCAUCUUCCCCGAGGCUCUGCGCUGUAUGAUCAAAGGAGAGCCCACUCUGAAGUCCAUGCUGUCGGAGCUGGAGCAGCUGGUGGAGCACAGCUCAGACGGACUCGGCCUGCAAGGCUUGGCUGAUAAUCUGCAGGCCACCACAGGCUUGGAUCAUGAUGGACACAACCACUACCUUCACAUCACCAGGAUGUUGCGUGCUCAUUACUCAGAGCUGAUCCAGCCUCACAGUCUGGAUGAAGACGGCCAGGAGACACCAAAGAUGUCCGCUGGUCAAAUGUUGCUGGUGGCUUUUGACGGGAUGUUCACCCAACUGGAGACUGCCUUUGGACAACUCACUGACAAGCUGAGCUCUCUGGAGGUGCCAUCAGCCUGGAGGAAGGUAGAUGUUCUGAAAGAGGCUCGGGCCACACAGCUCAAUGUGUUUGACAGCCCAAAUCAGCGCCAGCUCAUGGAGGAGGUGUUUUUCCUCAAGAGACUUCAAACCAUCAGGGAUUUCUUCAGAGUGUGUUCUUCUUUUGCUCAGACUCUAACUGGGACUUGUCCUCCAGCUGAGGAUCUGCUACCUAUAAACGGACCUGGUGGUGUAGGAAAGCCUCUGUUUCGCCGGUCCAGUGCAGCAGGAUCCGGUCUGUUGGUGAUCAGUGAGGAGCAGAUGACCCAUCCCAUCAAGGCCUUUACAGCUGAGUUUGUACGCCUGAUGCUGAUGGGCCUGCCGGGCCAAGCCCUGGGCCUGGCCCUCUGCAGCACCCUCUCUGCCCUCGGCCUGGACGUUGUGGCUCAGGUGGAGGUGAAGGACUUUGGUGCAGAGAUCAAGGUGUGUGUGCUCACCGUUCCAUGCAGAUGUAGAAGCACUGAUACACCGCCGGUGUUCUGA